AGAGGAGGGUGAGUAUUCCCAACCUUCAAAAAAAAUAAAAGAAAAAAGACCAAUAACCAACGGAAAAAAGAAAAAAGAGAAAUUCUCAACGGCCGAUGGCUGGGACUAUUCCAAUCGCCAUGGAAGAAAAUGAGAAAAUGGUGGCGUUGAAGAAGGCUUACGCGGAGAUGAUACUGAAUACGGCGAAGGAGGCAGCAGCUAGAGUAAUGGCGGCGCAGCGGAAGGCUAAAAUGUUUGAGCACGAUCUGAAUCGCACAAAAGAGGAGGCACUUCGGAUGCUUCUUCGCUUCAAGCAGAUGCUCGAAGACAAGAAUGCAGAAGCAGAGGUUGCAUCCUCGAAUCAGCAAAGGAGGAUUCAGGAGCUUGAGUUACAGCUUGAUGAAGCGGAAGGGCUGAUACUCGACCUUAGAGCAAAACUAGACAAGGUUCACGAACAGUUAGAUAAUGCAAAAAGUAAGCCCGUGCAAUCUUUGAGACCAAAUGAAAUGGUUGACAUGUCUAGUUGUCAAAUAUCCUUCUCAGAGUUUGAGUCCAAAUCUGUAACUUCUGAUGUAGAGGCUUCAAGUUGGGACCCAAGCACGAGUGUUCAUCAAUGUCCAAGUCCAUUUAUAGGAACUGCGUUAUCAAGUUCUCAAUUUGAUAAUGGCCUUGUGGACAAUCCUGUUUUUGCCUAUAUUGUCUUAGAAAAAAAAGAGCCUGAAUCGCACAGGAAUACAUGGACUCAGAAAAUCCAUGCAAUUGAAAAGGGGUUGGUGGAUGAGAAAAUGAGCCAGGUAGAAGAUUCACAUUCUCUGGCUAAAAGCAUAUCAAUCAUUCAACGGAAUGGAGGAAAUCGUAGUUUGCCUUCCAUAACUGAAAAAUCUAGUGGAAUUGAGAAUAUCAUGAAAGAAGCUCCAUUCCUCGAAGACAAUGCUACAAAGGUUCAACCUGUGAAUGUCCAAAAAUUGCGCAGAAGGAGAACUCUAUGUGGCAGAAGGAAAACCAAUACUGUCAAAGCAGCUCCAUGCCUCGAAGAAAUUGGCACAAAGCAUCGCCCUGUGAAGAUCCAAAAUUUGUGUCGAAGGAAAACUCUAUAUGGAAGAACCAAAGCCUCCAGAUGCAGAUACAUUUCUAAUCCGUGUGUGAAGCCCCAACGAAUGUCUUCAGUGAUUGCUCGGUGCAAAAGUUACGCAAUUUCUGGCAAGGAUGUGGAUAAAAGUGAACGUACUUCCUCCAAAAAUCAAAAUAUUACUGAAACUGAAAAUGGUUCUGAAUUGGAAGAAAAAGCACCACUUGGAAAAUACCGACUUGUCCGCAGAAGUGUUAGAAAAAGGAAAGUCAAGUAUUGGGAUGAUUUUGCUACCUCAUGUAGACCAGUUAGAACUCAUCCUUGUCAAUUUGAAGAAUGUUGUCAAAAGGAUAAAUGUGGUGCACAAUCUGGUGAGUAUCUUUUAGAAGUCAAACAUGAAGGUGAGCUUGAAGAUGCUAAGGGUAAAGCAGCCUUUGCAACUGUUAGUAGCACGAAAACUGGUGGAGCUUCUUGCUUUGAUGGGGAUGCGGAAAGUGAGACCAAGUUGAUACAUCAGCCAAUGUUGGUGAAACAUGCUGGGGUUGCUCCAGAAAUGGAGUUGGAGAAUGAGAACUCUGUUCCCUCUGAGAAGAGAAAUGCCAAAGCAUCUGAGUUGACCAAAAACUUCCUCAGUUCGCCUGACAGCAGCAACCCCCUUUUAUACACAUUCAGCAGGAAGCGCAAGAAUGGGUCCUUGGUCAACCAUGCAGAGGGCUGCAGCUUAAGGGAAAGCUCUAUGAAGAGAAGGUCCAGAGAGCAAAAAGAUAUUGAGCUUGUGGCAGAUAGUAGUACUUUAGAAAAUGAACCAACCAGUGACAGCAGAGGACUGGUGAAGGUUGCUCGUCAGCUUAUUUCUUUAUCUGGAAAGAUGUGGUGGUAGUAGGGUUUGCUGUCAUGGAGUGCAGGUGCAGCAGGUUGAGUAAGAAAAUUGAUGCGACACUUAACUGAAACCAAGCAAGAGGUCUCAAGAUGCUUUGAUACUACUAAUACAAGGGCUGCAUUGGAGUGGCAAAGAGCAUGAGAAAUGAGAACCGUUGUCUGUUUCCCUCUUUGCGAUAUUAUAGCAAGUUGCUGCCAUUAAUUUAAACCUAGCUUUGGCUUCUUUUCCGCUGUAGUGCAUAAGAGAGUACCGCUUGUUACUUAUUGGGAUCUACAGCUCAGUGGUUUUGAGGUUUAUUAUAAGGCAUCAUGUUUUCUCACUAGAAUGAGUCCGGCCUGCAGUAGCCAUUCGAACAGUGUAUAAUUCUUCAAACAGGCUGAACGGCUACUUUAUUGACCGCCUUGCUGCUUUAGUCAUGAA